UUAGCGUUAAAAUCACCAGUGAUGACGUUGAAUGGUAUAAUGGGAAUGUAUGGUCUUCUGUGUAGAACUUCUCCACGUCUGUAUAGAACACCUCAACUUCUUCGUCUUGGCUUCAUGUCAGUGCGUAAACUGCGAAAAUUGUCAAAGCCGGUAGUGAUACCGUCUUUUCAGUCGUAUACGUCCGAUUUGAGUUAGGAACAGUUUUUCUUCGGUGUCAUAGACGGCGUUGAAGCAGCGGCGUCGUCUCGUUUCGGCCAGUCCGAUGAUUUCGUGCCUCAUCCUUCUCGUCUUCAUGGUCAAGUAUUCUAUCCAGGGCUCCGAUAUCGUAAACGGGACCACUCUAUAUGGUCAAGCGUUGCACGUCGCUUCAUUAAAGUACGAUAUCUCAAAUACUGCUUACCACUCAACUGUGUCAAGGUAAAAAUUUGGAGCCUUAAUAUGGCAAACUCCGUUAUGACCGUCAAACCUCAUUUCGUUGUUUGCGCUGUCAAUUUUGGCUUCUCUCGACAUGAAAUAGCUGUUGGCUCUUCAGACCGUUCGGUGUACUUGUACGACCUCCGUCAGCCAAUUCGUCCUGUCAGUGUUUUCGUUGGACAUCGUCAGGCAGUUUCAUAUGUUCGCUAUCUUAAUUCACAUGAAAUAGUUUCUGCGUCCACAGACAAUCAUCUUCGUAUUUGGAAUACUCAGUCGGGGACAUGUAGUCGCCUACUGUACGGUCACAAGAACACGAAAAACUUUGUUGGUCUGAGUUCUUGUGGGAACCACAUUAUUACUGGUACGUGGUGUGUAGUUCACGUCGUGACGUGCUGCUUCAUAGUACCACUCAAGUGA